CACAUUACGGCGGCGGCGGCGGCAGCGACCGGCCGGCACACCGAUGUGCUGCGGUGCGCGCGUGUGUUUUGUACAGUGUCCGCCGACCGUCGGACGUUCUACACGCGUUCGCACUCGAUUUGUCCCGGGCGCGUGGUCCCCCGGACGUACCACCUACUAAUUAAGUUCGAGUUCCAAGCACAUUGAUUACGUUUGAUCGCUAUAAUAUUGCAGAAGAAGCAGAAUAAUAUUCAUAGGAAAUAAAAAUCUCCCGCGAUCGUUGCGGUUUUCGCGUUUUCAACGUUUCAUCCCGUUCCGCGCGUGCUGCCGAGUACAAUAAUAUCGCCGUUGUCGCGUAAUGUUGUCCGCUGUUCGGUCCGUCCGCGACACCCGCGAGUGAUGUAACACCGUCAGCAAACGGACACAGGAUCGAACAGUCGAUUUGACCGUGACUUGUCGGCGUCGCACGGAACAGUUCGGUGGCGCGCACCUGCGACACAGCACGACGACGAAGGGGAGGAAAACCGUUUGCAGCGACAGCGUUGGCUGCGGCGGCGGAGUCGGUGGCGAUGUCGCGAUCACUGUCCGCGGCAGACGACCCGUUUACCUGCGCCUGGUGCGAGCCCAUUAACCGCUACACCGCGUAGUAUACUAUAACCGCGGACGUGUUUCGCCCGGCCGUGUUUACGGAACAGGACAGCUGGACAGCUGUCGGACGCACGUCAUCGUACGACGCGAUCACAGACCUUUCCACAGCCGUUUACCGCGACAACGGCGACGACGACGACGACGACGACGACGACGAGGACGACCGGAUAUGCCGGUAGUGCGACUGCCGUCGUGGACGCUAUCGGCCGCCCGAUGAGUUGUUGUUGGCCGCCAGUCGCGUGUGUAACGACGCCGCCGCUGACCUGAGCGUUUCUGGGAAGUAUGUGGAAGACACGUAACCGAUACAAUUGGUCGUGGUCUAUACGUAUUGUCGUUGUUGUAGCCGCCGCAGCCGUAACGCUCGCAAUGUCCGCCGCUGAACCACGCGAAUCGGCCGUCCCCUUGUCCUACGUUUCUUCUCCUCCGUCAUCUUCCUCGUCCUUUUCUUCCUCUUCAUCUUCUUUUUCGUCAUCGUCGUCGUCAUUGUCACCGUCGCGGUCGUUGUCUUCCGCUUCCGCCGCAGCAGCCGCCGCUGCCGCCGCCGCCACCACCGCUGCCGCUGCCGCAGUGGCCACUAGUGCGGUGGCCACCGUCACGUCACAACUGGAAAGAGCGCCGUUCGGCCACGACGGCACUGAACAACAGACCAACACUCCCGGCGGCCGACAACAGCAGCACUGUCCGUGGUGCAAGCGAGCAUCUGGCGCCGCGCUCCCGUCGCCAUCGUCGUCGCUACCCUCGUCACCACCGAAUUCCGGCACGAACCGGCACCACCACCGGCGGAAGCAUCGGCCGCGCGGCCGGCGACAUUACGACAACGCAACCAGAUCGAGCCUGGACAAGCAGCGGAUAGAAGCGAUCAAGGAGCAAAUACUGUCCAAACUGGGCAUGGCCGCCAAGCCGAAUAUCACCAAGGCGCGGUCCACGAGGUUCCUGGUGGAGGCGCUGGCCGUCGAACCGCUGUCCGGGCUCACUGCGGCCGACCCGGACGCGGCCACCGGUAACACGUUGCCGCCCAGUACACGGUUGCCGUCCGUCAGGGACACCGAUUCCGAGCCGGACGACUUUUACGGCCGCACUAAGGAAAUAAUCGGAUUCGCAGAACCAGGAUCAACGUUGAACGGUCAAACGUUGUUAGAAUUCCCAUGGUCACAAGAUAUGGGAAGCACUGAUUCAGUAAAAGUCAAGUCUGCUAAGCUGUGGUUUAGGUUAGAAUAUAGACCGGACGUUCCUCCGGUCGCACGAAGGACCCAUCACAGUCACAAUGUAACUCUGUGGCUAUUCAAAAUAAACUUCCGCACCAACCAAAUGCGGAAUACCACGUUCCUAAGUGGAGUUCGACGAGCACGCCACGCUGGCUUCGUCGCUGUCGCUGUCGCUGAACAACCUCGGCUGGAUAUCGGUGGACGUGACGAACACGGUGCGCGAGUGGUACGGCUCCAGCGGCAAGCACCGGCUGCGGUUCCACAUCGACUGUUCCGGUUGCGGCGGCCUGGUGUCGCCCGUGCUGUUCCACGACACCCGGCAGGUGAACGAGUGGGAGAACCCGUUCCUGAUGGUGUACACGGACCCGACGGUGACGAGACGCGUACGCCGCCGCGCGCUCGACUGCUCGCUGGCCAUGCGCGGCCAGUGCUGCAAGCAGCGGUUCUACAUCAAGUUCCAGGAGAUCGGAUGGGACUCGUGGAUAAUCGCGCCUGGCGGCUACUACGCCAACUAUUGCCGCGGCGACUGCGGCGGUGUGCACAGGACACCGGACACGUACCUCAACUUGAACACGCAGGCGAUCGAGGACUACCGGAAGGCCAAGCACUCGUCCAUAUUUCAGCCGUGCUGCGCGCCCGUCAAGUUCUCGUCCAUGUCGCUCAUCUACUUCACCGACGACGGCAACAUCAUCAAACGGGACCUGCCCAAAAUGGUCAUCGACGAGUGCGGCUGCCCGUGAGCACCACUCGUAUUGUACCGGCUAGCCUGCGGUGGUCCAGGUCAAGGUUUUCUUUUAUUAUUAUUAUUUUUUUUUUUACACUUUUCUCCUCCGACCCAUUCCCUCCACCGCUCCUACUUACUACACUAGCCACUGUCCCAGACCCUAUUAUUCCCGAUAAACGCUCACCUCCCCCACCCACCACUCAACACCAUGCAUCCCCUGUCACCGAUUAAGAUUUUUCAUUAUUUUCGUUAUUAUUUUUAUCAUCAUCAUUAAUAUAAAUAUUAUUAUUAUAAUUAU